AAUGUUCGUAACAAAUAUUAAGUAAACGAAUACACCGGCAGACAUGACAGCUAUGGUGUCCCAAAUUUCUCGGCACAUGGGUUUACUACACACUUGACAUUUGUACAAGUGGGAGUGUAUCGUGCACUCACUCACACAGUAAAGACCCCUCUAUACACGAACAGUGUGCCACGAAACACCGACUAGAGCCUCUGAGGCGAAGCUCACUCACACCAGCGCGCUACACCCCGUCCGUACUAACACAGCGGCACUCUCAGUCCAACACAACCUCCUCUACUGCACUCACGCGCAGAAAAAAAAGAUAACGCGAUCUAUCGAUCUUUUUUUCAAACCAAAAAAACUCCGUCUGAUAGGCUUCAUGUCUAAAUAGUCGAAUAAGACAGACGUCUACAAACGAACGCGUCCGCUGACUCGAAUACCUACUAUUUAUUUCGAUCACAAUAUUUAUGACAGCGUAAUUAAUUAAACAUGUCGUUUUAAUUAUGUAAAUACAAAUGGACGAUAAUCAAUUUGAAUUAUGUGUUUCGAUCUCGUUCGGUUAAUUUAAUGUAAACAGAUAUUUAUCAAUUUGUGACGUUUUUACGGUGCUAAUGUUUUCAUGGUACGGAGCUUUAGUAUUUUUUGUUGAAAGCUAAUUGUGCUGCGGUUGGAUGUUGAUUUGAACGAUGACCCGCGAGUGCCGGCUCUGUGCGGGAAGUGCCUGAACUAGAACACGGUUAGUGCCUGAUUCGUCGCCUAUGGAACUGUUCUGACUCUGACAUACCAUUAUGGAACGCCACCAAAAUGGUAUGGAUGUGUGGGUAGGGCAAGGACGCGUCAAUCAGCUCGGAGGCCUCUUCAUCAACGGCCGUCCGCUUCCCAACCACAUUAGGCUGAAGAUCGUGGAGAUGGCGGCGGCGGGCGUUAGGCCCUGCGUCAUCUCGCGCCAGCUGCGCGUCUCGCACGGAUGCGUCUCCAAGAUUCUCAACAGGUAUCAGGAGACCGGGUCCAUAAGGCCUGGCGUGAUUGGGGGCUCCAAACCGCGCGUCGCCACUCCUGAGGUAGAGGCGAGAAUCGAGGAGCUCAAGCGUCAGAAUCCGGGGAUAUUCUCCUGGGAGAUCCGGGAGAAAUUGAUAAAGGAAGGCGUGUCGGACCCGCCCAGCAUCUCGUCCAUCUCGCGGCUGCUGCGCGGAGGCGCGCGCGACCCUGACGGCAAGAAGGACUACAGCAUUGACGGCAUCCUUGGAGCAGGUCGCGGCUCCGACUCAUCAGACAUUGAAUCCGAGCCAGGACUGACGCUGAAGCGAAAGCAACGGCGCUCUCGGACGACGUUCACGGGCGAACAGCUGGACGCCUUAGAACGAGCCUUCCACCGCACGCAGUACCCGGACGUGUACACGCGGGAGGAGCUAGCUCAGCAGACAGGCCUCACUGAGGCUAGAAUACAGGUAUGGUUCUCAAACCGACGAGCACGACUGCGGAAGCACACCGGCUCCAACACUGCUCCAAGUUUAACCGGCUACUCGACACUACCCAUGCCGCAGAUCCCCUGCCCGUACCCUGCCGGCGACAUACCCAGUCUCUCGCAGCACCACCCUCAACAUCCCGACGCCUGGCAUCACCAGAAAUACGCCAACUACAACCAACUAAUGGCGCAAUCCCAACAUUUGAACCAAGCAUUCCAAAGUGCCGCAUUUCCUAGCACUUCUGGGGCCACGUUUAGCCACUUAGUGGGCGGUACUAAUGGAUCACCGCAUAGUCAAAUACUAGAUCCAGGAGUACCAAGAAAUGACUACGCAAGAUACGAUGUGUACAAUAAGCCUGUUAAUUAUUUGCCCAAAGACGAUGAUGAUAAAGUAGCUAGUGAUGAAAUAAUCGAGCCUAGAGAGGAUGGCUUCGUCAAACCGACUGAGGAGUAUAGCAAAGCGUUGCCACCGAGCGACUAUAAAGUACCUGCUGAUUAUUCAAAGGUGCCCGACGGCCCCGCGCCGGCUUCUAAUUGGAGUCCGUCACACAACUCGUUGAACAUGAGCCUGUCGGGGCUGUCCGGCGAGUACAAGUACAUGAACGAGCCGUACGCCUUCCCGAACAUCCCGGAUCCUCUCACCCAGCACAACUACUCCAAUCCUACCAAUGUAGCAAACAAGUAUUGGAUUUGACAAAGUAUUUUAAGCAUUUAUAAAGCUAGAUUGUUAAUUUUAUUUAAUUUAUGUGUAAAUUUUAAGUUUAGGCAUAAAUCAAUUGUGAGAAUUUACCUCUAUUGUGCAUUCCUAAUUUAGUAAAUUAUCCUAAUACCAAACAUUUGUACAUAAAUAGUUAAAUAAUGAAGUCAUAAAAAAUAUAAAAAUAAUUACUUAUCUGUUGUCUUUCAUUUUACUUUUAAAUACAUACUCAAAUUGAAGUUAUUAGGUACUAGGUAGUCUAAUGCGAGUAUACGAGUAAUCAGCUAAACGUAUGCUUGAAAUGUUUGUUACAUGGCUGCUUAUAAACUGAAAAAGAUGUCAUAUAGGUAGAGUUAGACCAAGAAAAGUCUGCAACGAUUUUGAUAGCAAACGCAGUGCAAGUAUUAUUUAUACGUCAUAAUUUCAUAAAAGUUUGACGUUUUAAAAAACAACACUUGCACACAGCGUGUGCUAUGAAAACCGUCGCAGACUUUUCUUGGUGUAGCUCUACAAAAAAAAAACAACGGGUUGCACUCCGGGAGUGCCGGCAGAAGUGAAAACUCAAUGACUAGUCCAAAAUGUCUGCAGCACUAUGAAUAAUUGACCCAUCCUCCUUUCUAUUGAAAAACUUUAGUUCCGAAAGUGCUGGUCAGUGAGCUUGUUUAAAUUUCGAAAUUCAAAUUUGUAGCGUUAAUUGUUUAAAAUUCGAAUAGAAAUUGUAAAGUUACCUUGCAGACCUCGCAUCUAAAUAUAUUUGGUCAUUAUAUUUUGGGUUUUAUCCACCAGUACUAGAGUUCACUUUUAUUAGCGAUUUCAUCAAGAUGUAGCUUUAUUGAAUUAUAUUUGAGUGAUAUAAAGUUAGAAUGUAACUGUGAGAUCCUCGAAUUUCAACCCGUACAAGAUUAGAACCUUUUUCAUGUAAUGUCAUUGAGUUUUUCUUUAUUGAAUUAAAUGCCAUCUAAAUGAGUGGCCAUCUAAACCUUACGGUCACGUGAUUGCCUUACGCUGUCUCGAGUUUAUCAUUUUUUCCCCACCUCAAAAAUUGCCCAGUGCCGCUAAAGAAGUUUUCACUUCAAAAACAUUGACAAAGGCGGUCAGUGCCCAGGGCUGGGUUCAACGUAUAAACCAGAGUCUUCUGCAUUUGCAGCAGAUACCUCUACCACUAGUCUACUCGGAUCACAGCGGUACCAGGCGAAAUUUUACAAGCACUUAUAUGUAACCUUGUAAAUUUAACCAUCUCUAAGGUAGAAAAGCAUGUGCUCUUACCUCCUAUCCGAAUCAACAUAAGUGACUCAGGGAUAGCGGCAGAGCGAGAGUGCCAGCACAAGGUUCAUUCAUCUAACUUUACGACAGUUUACACAGUUUACACAAAUUGGAAACCACAAAUAUGGAUAUACUUAGGUAUGGAGAAUCUAGACAAGACAAGAAUCUAAACAAGUAAAAUAUAUAUAUAAGUACCUAUAACAUAAUAAAUAACUACGCAAUUGUUGCUAUAUUACAAUUGUCAUGUGACGUUUCGCGGAAUUUCCCAGCACAGUCACAAGUAUUUAAAAUAUUUACUUAGGUAAUGAUAAUAUUCAGUAUUUAAACAAACAAGUUCUUGAUAUAUAAAUAUAACUA